CCAUCACUCAUCGCCAUGAGGAAGGCGCAGCAGCAGCAGUACGGGCAGGAGAGUAAGGGGACGCCGGCGCCGGGGGUGGUGGCGUCGCCCGCCUCCAGCUUCCGCCAGCUCGACGACGCCUUCCUGCAGAAACAAACAAAAAUCUGGCUUGGUGAAGUUCUCCAUCUUAGGUUUGAUGAAGACAUUUUGGUCGCUGACCUUCUUGGUGAUGGAGAGUUGCUAUUUCAAGUUUCGAAAUUAUUAUGGAAAAGGCUGCUGAGAAAGAACAAUGAACAGCUCAAACAAUCAAAAGUUUAUAUGUAUGAGAGAACUUCUUUUGGUAAAAGCAAUGGGAAAUAUAUGCCCUAUCCAAAGGUCGACUCGUUUCUAAAGAUAUGCCAGAUUCUUGGUUUAGCUGGGAUUGAUUUGUUUACACCUUCCGACGUGGUCGAUAAAAGAAAUGUACGGAAAGUCUGUAUGUGCAUACGUUCUCUAUCUAAAAAGGCUAGUAUGAUGCACCUUAAUGUGCCUGAUUUUGAUAUUGUAACUCGCACAAUAGCCAUGCCCAACUAUAUUGUUGGAGGCAUCCGCAAAAGUCUGGAGCAACCGCAGCGCAGUUCAUCCUGGUCGAGUGGACACAGUCCGCGUGCCAAUUCUGAAAGCAUAUUUGGAGAACAGAACGGGGACACACAGUACGACUCUGAUGAAGCAGAGAGCAAAAUCUUUCCGCUAGAACCUCAGAACUCUGUUGGCGAAGACGAUGCUGCUGAGCUUCUGCAAUUAGGAAAAGCCCACAAGGAAGCACGUGAAGGCUAUGGAGAUAACGGUCAUGACAUCCCUGAAGAGAAGUCGCUAGCUGAAUCAGUGGGAUCGCUUGACUUUGGCGGUAUGGACAUGGAUUCUGUGGAUUCAGCACCCUCUCAGAACGACCAACUGCGCCGUUGUUCUGCUGAAUCUUCAACAAACGGUCAUUUAGUGUUUGACAGUAGCAAGAUUGAUCUGGAUGCUCCUACGGCCGAAGUUUCUGAAAUGAUUCGUGAUGGACAUAUCGAACCUUCGCAUUAUUCUGUUGAGGGAAGUGGCGAAAGAUUCGCUGAUAAUCUGCAGAAAGAAGGUGACAACGACCUCCAGAAGGAUACUAGCACCACUGAUCAACAGUGUAAUGCUCCCGCCUGUGACAGGGAAUCCGUAUGUUCAAGCUAUGAAGAACCGAAACUGGGAUUAAACGGAGAGCCACCUGAGUCGAGGUUGAGUUCAGAGUCAGGUUUAACCCCAGGAGUUACUAAGGGUGGCCAAUUGCCAGCAGCUUCUGAAGAUGAUACCACGAGCCAAGGGCUGAAACAUGAAAUCAGCACUGGGGAUCACAUGGAUUCUACCAAGUCUGAAGACAGAGCAGUGAAACCGCAAGAUACAGUUGAGAACAAAAACACUGAUGGUCAUAAGACCGGGAACAGUGCUCCCAAACCUGGGAAUAAUGGGGUGCUAAAGUCAGUUGCUGGAGGAAUCACGCUCGUUGGGGCGGUGUUCUUCAUAGCUCAUCUAAGGAGAACCAAGGGGGCAAGCUUUACAGCAAUUUUACCUUCACUUUCUAAAAAGUCAGUUCAGAGCGACUCGAGGGCAAAGAACGUAGACAACGGGAAGACAACCGAAGUGUACCCUGGCGGAUGGCUGAAGGUCUAAGCGGGAUGGGCAUGCUGAAUUGUUGAUUGAUAAUUGGUCGCAGUUUGGAAGCUUAUCGUGUAAAUACAUAGACCAAGCUAGUGACGUAAAAUUAAAGGUGAUAUACAGAGACCAAGUGACCAGCGUUUUGUUUAUAGUCGUAGCAGUUUUAAGCUUAGCCGCCUAGUUCGGUUAUGUAUGCUGCGUCAGGUGACAUAAAGUUAAAGGUGAUAUAUAUACCGUUGCUCUUCCCGUGUAAAGAAUUGUAUAGAUUAUUAAUCCAAUUUUUGUUUGAAACCAA